AUGUGGCUCUCUCACCUCUCUUCCUUGGCCGUAGGGUUGGCCCUGACCACUGGGGCCCUGGCAUCGCCGCUGCAGAAGCGCGUAGCCGGCCCGCGCCUGGUGCUCGACACCAACUUCCCGGAUCCGAGCUUCGUGCAGGACGGCAACGACGACUCCUGGUACGCCUUUGGUACUAACGGCAACGGCAAGCGCGUCCAGGUCGCCCAUUCCACCGAUUUCGAGACAUGGACCCUGCUUGACAAGGAGGCCCUUCCCACGCUGGCCGGCUGGGAGACCGAGAUCGACCACUGGGCCCCGGAUGUCGUGCAACGAAAAGACGGCAAGUACGUCAUGUACUACUCGGGCGAGGCCAAAGAAAUGGUCCGUCACCACUGCGUCGGCACCGCCGUCUCGGUAGGCACCGACCCGUCGGGCCCGUAUGUGCCCAACGAGACGCCGCUGUCAUGCCGGCUGGACCAGGGCGGCUCCAUCGACCCGGCCGGCUUCCUCGACAAGGACGGCAGCCGCUACGUCGUCUUCAAGGUCGACGGCAACAGCAUCGGGAACGGCGGCGACUGCAACAACGGCAUCCCGCCGCUGAAACCCACCCCCAUCCUGCUGCAGAAGGUCGCCGACGACGGCUUCACCCCCGUCGGCGACGCCGUGCAGAUCCUCGACCGCGACGACUCUGACGGGCCCCUCGUCGAGGCCCCCAAUCUCAUCCUCCACGGUGACACGUACUUCCUCUUCUACUCCACCCACUGCUUCACGGAUCCCAAGUAUGAUGUCCGCUAUGCCACGUCCAAGUCCAUCACCGGCCCCUACGUCAAGACCGGCGUCAAGCUGCUCCAGACGGGCAACUUUAACCUGACCUCGCCUGGCGGCGGCACGGUCUGUGGCUGUGGGGACCGCAUGCUCUUCCAUGGCUUCUGUGCGCCCGAUACGCGCUGUACAUAUCAGGCGGACCUGGCCAUCUCCGGGAACCAGGUCACAUUACUAUAG